GUGUCCCCAGCAGUACACUAUAGUGGUUGGCUGCCUUCAGCAGUAGUGUCUUGGCUGGUAUUGUCGGGUGCGCGCUGCUCCUCGCCCUCCCUGUGCUAAUGUGCCUCGGGAGUCACAACUGACUCCAUUAUUCUGACGCCUGAGUCAAGGAGGAUAUAUAUAUAAACUUAGCGUGAUGCCCAAGCCGGACUUCCACACCCUGGAGCUGAAUAAGACUGAGUGGGAGGUGCCCAGGAGGUACUCUAUGCUCUCACCAGUGGGCUCCGGAGCCUAUGGACAAGUUUGUUCAGCAAUGGAUUCUAAAACACAUACUAAAGUAGCGAUAAAGAAACUGGCUCGGCCUUUCCAAACGCACAUCCAUGCUAAGAGAACGUAUCGUGAGCUUCGCAUGUUAAAGCACAUGGACCACGAAAAUAUAAUUGGCCUUCUAGACGUCUUCACACCGUCCACCUCCUACGAGGACUUCCAAGACGUGUGAGUAUUAGUGGAGAACGCUGGGUGGAGGACGCUGGGGGGGGCUCUUCAGGUUAAUGUG